AUGCCGUCUUCCGGCGCCGACGAUGCGGCGCAGGCGGCGGGCCCUGCUGCCGUGCCUCUCGCGCUCGGCGCGCCGAAGGAGCGCCUGCGUGCGCUGCCCGGCGUGCACCAGUCGCUCAUCCCCUACGCACGGCUGCUGGCACACGAGGCCGCAGCGUUUCACGAGCAUCUGCACCCACGCGCCUCAUCCUCAGCCGCCUCCUCGUCGCUCGGCUCUGACGACUCGCUCGCGUCCUCGGCCGACUCCAAUGCCUGGACGACGCAGCAGCUCGGCGCCUUCUGGCCUUCGCUGCGCCGGCACUCCAAGGCGCGGCCCGACCUCAUCGCUCUCGAGACGGGCCGCUCUGUCAAACACGUCGCGGCGCUGCUCAUUGCGCUCGAGCGCCAGCGCACUCUGUCAGCAACCCUUGGCCCCAGUCACUUCCGCAGCGAGCGCAUGUUCCCCUCGGCGCGCCAGAUGAGCGAGCGGUGGGUCGCGCUCGAGGAGAAGAUGAGCGGCAGGCUCGAGGAGCGGCACGAUCAGCUCAGCCGUGUGCUCGCAGGUGAGAUGGCACACCUGCCGCACGAUGCUCUCGCGGCGCCCGAGCCAGAAGGCGCAGGCGAGUCAGCUGCUGGGCCUCCGGGGCAGCCGCCGCUCUCGCCGCGCUCGCGUGCGCUUAGCACCUUGCAGCGUCCCGUCGCCUGGGCGGUGCAGACUGUGACGGUACUCCUCUACCUGCGGCAUGCCCCGCUCGCUUCUCAGCGCGGACAGCUUGCGGGACGUGCCGUCAAUGUCUACGCUCAACACGCCGUCGAGGAGCUGCUCCUCUCCACGAGCAUCGCGCCAGACUCGUACGUCGACUUCGCCACGACUCACCCCGUGCCGAGCUUUCGUGUGCGGCGCGAGCCAUUCGACGAGGUCUCGACGCGCAGCAAGAGCCGGAUGCGCAGCCUGCUCGAUGCCUUCUGGACCGAGGCGCUAGCGUCGGGCUGCGUGGCAUGGGUCUCCAAGGAGGAGUCCAAAAAGCGCGCAAGCAGAGCUGCCGAGAGCGUCUGGGAGCUCGAGAUGGCGCAGCUAGAGGCAGACUUGUCGCUGCCGCUGCCGGACAGCCAAGGUGGACACUUCGUUUGGACUGAAGAGCUCCUCUCUGAGCUCGAGACGGCUUCCUUCGCUGCCGACGCACGGCCAAGCGCCGUGGCAUCGAGCUCUGCAGUGCCGAUGGGACCAGCGCUCAGCGUCGACGAGGACGAGCUGCUGGCUGCGGCGCGUCGCGGGCAGGCUGCCCUGGCGCACGCUCGCGAUGCUGCUACGCUGCGUGUGCUGGCCUCGCUGUCGCAAGCGGAGCUGGCGUUCGCGCAGGGCGUUCCGCCACCGGCGCCCGCGCCGCGCAGAGCCAUCGUGGUGGCAGAGCGACAGGAGGCUCGGGAGCGCAGGCGGCAAGGACUCGAGCCCGUCUGGUUCCACGGCAUCGACAUCUCCGACGUGCCGCUGCGGGACCGGCAGCGCGUGCGCUACCGCAUCCUGUCGCGCAUCCAGCGCUACGGCCUGGCAAAGACGCAGACGAUGGACUGGCGCAUGCGCGACAAGAAGGUGCGCCCGACACUCGAGGAACGCCGCAAGGCGCGCCGGAGGCGGCGCAGAGAAGAAGACAAGAAGCUCUACUAUCCGCUGCCGCCGCUGGCGCCGCACGUGGCGCCCGAGGUCUACAAAGGCAUCGACAUUUCCGAAGUGCCACUGCGCCAGCGUAAGCACGUAAAGCAGCGCAUCUGCAUGCGCGUGCAGCGCUCUGGGCUUGAGAGGGCCCAGGAGCUCGGCUGGCAGAUUCACAACCGCACGGACGAGGACGGGCGCUACAUGUUCAAGGGCAUCGAGAUUGUGCUGGAGAACAACACACCUGCCGAGCGCAGACGCGUCUCAGACCGCAUCGCGCGCCGCAUCAGGCUGUUCGGCCUCGAGGCGGCGAAGCUCAUGGGCAUCGAGUCGGUCUCCAAGAAUCCCGCUGUCAAGGCCCGCUACGACGCGGUCGUCGAGGCGGCCAGGCUGGGACGCCUGGACACCAUCGAGCCGCUGCAGGCGGCAGAGGAGAGCGACAGCGAGGUGGAUACAAACGCGGUCGAUGAGCUCCUGCAGGCGGCAAAUGAGGCGCCAGCCAGUGCCGAGUCAUCCAGCGCAGCGGCGCCCGUCCGGGCGCCUCGUGUCGCGGCUGGACCGGCCAGGUCUGUUCCCGCUGCAGCUCCUCCUGCGCAGCCUCUUGAGCAGCAAGCAGGAGCCACUCGGCGAUGGAAGGCCAUCGGCGUCGACGCGCUGCAAACCGGAGGCGUCCUCGGGCGGCUGAAGCAGCUCGAUCUUGAGCUGCUCAGCGUCAGUCGCAUCGCCCACCUACACUCACUACAAACUGCCGUGCCCGCACCGCCGCAAGUAUCCGCGACCGUCGGCACCGCCGAGGCGCCAGCGCGCUUGAACGCACUGCUGCUGCUCGACCUCCAUUCACACGUGUCCGACUUCGUGCGCGCAGUUCUCGGCCGCGUCAUUCACGAGGGCGAGAAGCGGUCUGGGCUCAUCAGCGGCGCCGACAUCAACGAUGCCCUCCUUGCCCACACGCCCAUCCUGCCCACAUCGCUGCCGCACUAUGGCACGCUGAAUGUGCAUCCUGAGGAGCGUCUUGCGCGCGCCGCGCGCGAGAACAUGGUCGCCGACCCGCCGGUCGACUGGCUCGGCGCCCUCUUUCCGGACGACGAGGUGCGUGCGCUCAGCGCCGGCGUGGACAUCGAUGGCGCUGCCGCGCGUGCACCGCCCGGAGACGAGCAGGUCUUUACGGCCCGGCAUGUCUUCUCCCGCGCUCACGUUCCCACUGAGCCGGAGCGAGAACGGCUGGCGGCGCGCAUGCGCGAAGAGCUCCGCGAGGCCAAGAGCGGUGAGAAGCGCAAGCGUCCGCAGGCUCUGGACGUCGUAUCGGACGAGAGCUCGCUCUAUGAGGACGACAUCGAAGAGGCUGAGGCGACGGCCGCCAAAAUCCGCCGCCUGCAGCGAAGCAACGUCGGCAUCAACAUGCACGACGAAGUCGUCGGCAUCGCUCCGCCGCUCGUCGGACGCAACGCGGUGCCAGAGCGCUACCGCCCGCCAUUCCUCGUCAAGCCGAGAGGAGAGCGGCGCGACCAGGUGCAUCAGGCACGCUGGAAGCAGAUCGCAGAGGAGGACAGGCGCCGAGACAAGGAGGCCGAGGAGGCAGACUGGCGCAGAUGGUGGGGCAGGGACAUUCGCGUCAGGCUGCAGGGCGAAGAUGGCGAGGAGGACGGCGGCUGGGUCGAAGUCAGCGAGGAAGAGCCGGCGAGCAGCGAGGAGGAGCGCUCGCAGCUCAAGCGCGCUCUCAAGGGCAAGACGAAGAUGCGCAACUCGGACGAGGAGGAGACGAGCAGCAGCGAGGAGGAGAGCAGCGAGGCGGAAGGCAGCCGAGAUGACAAGAUGGACAUCGACGCACUGAGCGAGAGCAGCGAUGCAGCCUCCGGCAGUAGCUCAGAGUCAGAGAGCGACGACGAGGUCAGCCUUGACUCGCGCAGCGACAACAGUCAAAGCUCGAGUGCAGGCAGUGGCGACAGCGGCAGCAGCAGUGAUGACGACUCGGCGCCAAGCGUCAUGCAGCAGAGCGUUGCAGCUGGCAGCGCCCGAGCUUGCAGCCGAUCGAGCUCAGGCUCAAGCAGCUCGAGCCCAAACUCCAGUAGCUCGAGCGAUGCCUCGUCGCGAUCAGCUCCACGCCAGGAGUCUUCCGCGGCGCCCAAGGCAUCACCGACGCCAGGGCGCGCCGCUGCCGGCGCAUCAUCUUCCUCCUCUUCAUCUUCCUCCUCCGGCGUCUCUCCUUCGCGCGCGUCCGCUGGCCAAGCCCCGAAGCUCUCGACGUCCACGAGCAGCUCGUCCUCCAGCAGCGGCAGCGGCAGUAGCAGCAGCGAUAGCGAUAGCGACUCGUCCUCGCAAGCUCAUGCGCCUGCCGCUACCACGCAGCCUGCACGUCGUCGCUCGCCAAGCGCCAUCUCCAUCCGUUCUUCCUCGACCUCGUCUCCGUUCUACCCGGCGACGAGCGUGAGCCAUGCACAUGCGUCGCGCCCAGCAGGUGCGCCUCUUGUAGCGCAUGAUCACGACGUCGUGAUGAGAGGCCGUGGCAGCGACAGCGACAGCAGCAUCAGCAUCAGCAAUGCCAGUGGCAGCGGAAGCAGCAGUGGCAGCCAGAGCGACAGAAGUCCCGGCGACAAGAGUAGCAGCAAGAAGAACGCAAGUGCCAGCGACGGCAGCAGCAGCAGCUCCUCCGGCUCGUCCUCGAGCUCCUCGGGCAGCAGCUCUGCCUCGCAGUCAUCGUCCGCGCGACAAAGCCCCCGCGUCGUUCUAGCGAGGCAGCAGCGCGCUGCCACGAGCAGCACCAGCUCCGGCUCGAGCAGCUCAGGCAGCUCACGCAGCUCGAGCGGCUCAAGCGACUCUAGCGACUCGUCUGCGUCGACGGCGACACGAGGUCGUGCAGCUGUGCAGCCGGCGGCGGAAGCUGGCAGCUCCAGCGACAGCUCGAGCGACAGCGACACGUCUUCGUCUUUGUCCGACGCUGCGCCAGCUGCGCCCCUCAGUAGGCUGGGCCCGGCGCCGCCGUCCGACUCGGACAGCGACACGUCUGACACCAGCAGCGACGACAGCUCUUGA